AUGGCUGAAGUACAAGCGAGGCCGACUGGGCUGGCCGCCAGCAACCCGAUUAAACGAUCACCGAACAUCGCCAUCCCUCCGACGUCGAUCUCUCUGCCCCCACAAAACGCCACCUCUCGACUGAAGAGCCAGCUUUCGCUCGAUCCGUACUCACCGGUCAACCAAAAUGGCAGUUUCGAGUUCGACCGUGUAAUCAGGAGCGGAUACCUCCAGAAGCGGACGCAGAAGACCAAAACGUGGAAGUCUGUCUACCUGGUGUACCGGCCAAACACAUUGAGCAUUUACAAGGACGACCAGGAGACCAAAUUACGCCACAAAAUAUAUUUAUCGGACCUCACUGCGGUCACCCUCCUCAAGGAUCCCAAGAACAAACGAGAGAACGUCUUCGGCCUGUUCUCGCCAUCAAAAAACUUCCACUUCCAGGCUUCCAGCUCCGUCGAAGCCAAGGCAUGGGUUGAUUUGAUACGCAGCGAUGCCAGAAUAGAGGAGGAAGAGGAGGAGAUGUUUUUGGCCAGCCCGGUUAUCCGUCGCAACUCUUUUAUGCCGGCUGGCUCCUUCGACCAGGCCGAACCAGGCCCAGGCACGGGCCCGAUCCUGCAAGACCGCGAUACAUAUUUUUCGAGCUCCCCGGAACCGGUCGAGAGGAGCACGACCAGUUUCAGACGCCCGUCGUACAACCCGCGACGGCCAUCCACGACCGUCGAGUCAUCUGGUCUCUCAGGGGCCGAGCUGGCGUCACACUCGGACUUCUCGGACUCGGAUGUCCAACGAGUUCACGGUGUCGCAAUCGAGAGCCUGGCAGUCCAGUCCCCUCCUCCUGCCGUUUCCGCAAGUCCCAGGCCGAACCCGGGAGUCCGCAACGCCAGUCAAGCCAGUGGUAUCAACAUCGAACAAGACCCUGAUCGGAUCCUCUGGCAAGGCUGGCUUCGGUGGCUUCGCAAUAAAGGUGGCGUGCGCCAGUGGAAGAACUGCUGGGCUGUUCUCCGGCCCAGGAACCUCAUCCUUUACAAGGAUGAGUCGGAGUACACCGUGCAGUUUAUUGUCCACAUGGGCAUGAUUCUUAACGUGGUUGAUAUCGACCCGAUGAGCAAAACAAAGACGCACUGUCUGCAAGUUAUUACGGAAGAAAAGAGCUACCGAUUCUGCGCCUAUGAUGAGGAAUCUUUAGUGAAGUGCCUGGGGGCUUUCAAGAGUCUCCUGGCGAAAAGGAAAGAACUCGAAGCCAAGAUGGCUGCCAGCGACACAACCACAAAUACUUCCUGA